AUGUCGGCGAUCCCCUCACGAACGCGCUCACUUCGCAAACCCUCGGAGAACGGCAGCAGGCUUGGUAGGUCAAUUGCGUCAGAUCUCAACGAGAAAAAUGCGACAACGCUUCCAGGACCACCGGAGAGGACGAGCAAAUCACCUAGUCGACUACCAACGGUAAGAUCAACAGCAUCGAGACCUACUUCUCUAUAUGGCAGGCCACCAAGCUCUAGUGGCAGCACGGUUGCAAGCAAGCCAUCAAUUACACGCCCACCUUCCGCCAGUUCAAUAUCAAGUAAACCCGGGACAACAGAACUCCAGAGACGACCAUCUAUAACCAGACAUGCAACCUCUCCCAGCACAACAGAACCCAUAAAGAAAGACCGCUCGCGACCACCAGUAACUCAGUCCCGCCAUCUGCGAAAUGUCUCCACGAGCUCUGUAUCCUCGGUUCCUCGAAUACCUUCGCACACGCGCACGAAAUCCUCCUCUACAAUUCUAACAGCCUCCACCGCUCUUCGGCCACCAUCUCAGCCUCCCGCGAAAGAGCUUCCACAACCCCGACACUUACGCUCCGAUUCACAACUUAAGAAGCCCUCCUUCUCGACUCUUCAACAGCACUUCUCUCCUGCGAAAAGCCUUGCGCCAAAACCGCAUCCCGCAGCUUUUCUUGCGCCGCCGUCGCCCAGUAAAUUACCUUCUAAUAUCGCUAUUACGGCCGAGACGGCAAAGUUGCAGAAUGAGCUCUUACAAUUACAUCUUCUACACAAAGACGCGGAUCUUGUCACAAAAGAGUGGAAAGCAAGUGCGAAACAGAAACUAGGUCAGAGAUUCCAGGACGUAGUACAGAGGAAUGACGAACUUGUGCAAUUGGAAGUGCAGGAGACGGGGAAUGUGAAUGCGGCGGCCUUGAAGAAGUGGCAUGAUGACGCGGUGCUGGGCUGGGGAUUAGAUGAGCGAAUCCAGAGACUGGACGAGCUUGUCAAUGGAGUAUGGAAUCUAAGUUCCGAAAACGGAAAAUACGCACGUGUGGUCCGCAAAUUUGAACGCUGGCUCAGUCGUUCCCAAUCGAUCCUCUCCUCCCGUUCCGCCAAUCUUGCCGAAGAUGAAGUCAUCUUCAUAGAACCGCUAGAUCCCACAUGGCAUGACGAAUGUUUUCACAUCGCGCGAAAACUCAAUGAGUGGAAAGUGGUAUUGAAAGAUCUGGGGAGCUUGGAUAAGAAGAGUAGCGUGGGAAGAGUGCUUGAUGGAUUUGGGGUGUUGGUUAGAGGAAUGAGUGAGGAACUGACGGCUAUGGGUCAAAUUGAGCGAGGCGUUAUGGAGAGCGAGAAGAAUUGGAUUAAAGAGUUGAACGACGAGGAGAGUGACGAGGAAGGGAUUACUGCCGGGGCUUGUUGGAGAGCUAGGUAA